GCCAACUGAAGGCAGACUGGAGAUGAAGAUAAAGAUAGAGGAAUGAGGAAGAAAAGUCACUCCUAAGUCGGUGAACUGAGCAUAAACAAAGUUGACCAAGCUGGAGUCACUGAUUCCACUCAGAGGGUUACGAUUUGUGCUUAACCUGACUCCACUCCAGAUGCAUGCUUUGGGGAGGACUCUGGCUUUGAUGUUACUCAUCUUCAUCACUAUUUUGGUGCCUGAGUCAAGUUGUUCAGUGAAAGGACGGGAGGAGAUCCCACCGGAUGAUUCAUUUCCUUUUUCAGAUGAUAAUAUCUUCCCUGAUGGAGUGGGCGUCACCAUGGAGAUUGAGAUUAUCACUCCAGUGUCUGUACAGAUAGGUAUCAAGGCUCAGCUUUUCUGUCAUCCUAGUCCAUCAAAAGAAGCAACACUUAGAAUAUGGGAAAUAACUCCCAGAGACUGGCCUUCCUGCAGACUACCCUACAGAGCAGAGUUGCAGCAGAUCAGUAAAAAAAUCUGUACUGAGAGAGGAACCACUAGGGUCCCUGCACAUCACCAGAGUUCUGACCUUCCCAUCAAAUCAAUGGCCCUCAAGCAUGAUGGGCAUUACUCAUGUCGGAUAGAAACAACAGAUGGGAUUUUCCAAGAGAGACAUAGCAUCCAAGUGCCAGGGGAAAAUAGAACUGUAGUUUGUGAGGCAAUUGCAAGCAAGCCUGCUAUGCAGAUCUUGUGGACUCCAGAUGAGGACUGUGUCACUAAGAGUAAAUCACACAAUGACACCAUGAUUGUCAGGAGCAAGUGCCACAGGGAGAAAAACAAUGGCCACAGUGUGUUCUGCUUUAUCUCCCAUUUGACUGAUAACUGGAUUCUCUCCAUGGAACAGAAUCGAGGUACAACCAGCAUCCUGCCUUCCUUGCUGAGCAUUCUCUAUGUGAAACUGGCUGUAACUGUUCUCAUCGUAGGAUUUGCUUUUUUCCAGAAGAGAAAUUAUUUCAGCUAUCUGUGGGACUGCAGUACUGAUGUGGUGCCUUGAGGUCCCAGAGCUAACAUGAGCAAUGGAUGACACUGAAGAUGGCAGCUCUUAAGUGAAAUGAAAAAGAGGAACAAUGGAAGGACUUGGGCCUGAUGACCAUAGAGUUGUCCCACCAGUUGUAGACCAUAUAUUAUCUGUUGUCUUGAUGUGAUAGAUAAUAAACUAUGUUUUUCAUGCCACUGCUGCUUUUUUACUUUGCACAUAGCUGGGUUUAAUUCUAGUUGAAACCAAUACUUACCUGGUCAAUUGGAAAGUUUACUAUCAUAAAACUUGAUUGUGUUCUACUCAUGUACAUGGUAUCAAUUAUUCCUGUUCUCCCCUUAAAGGUAAUGAAAGAGAUAGGAAUAAUGGAUUAGACAGUGACCUCCAGGUUAAUAUUAGGACAAUUGUUGCUUAUGUAGGGGUAAGGUGGGCUUGUGAUGGGAAAGCAUUGAAAUAUGAGGAUGUGAAAAGAUGAUCCUGUAGUUUAAUGAUCCCUAGAUGUUGCAAUCAUGCCUGUGCUGCAGGAUUGGGGGGAAUAAACAGAACCAUGGGCUUCCAGAAAGGAUGUGAGUAGGAGGGACAAAGGAAUUGAAACCAAACUAGACUCCUUCACUUGUCAAAAUGACAAAUGUUACUUCUCUACUCAUCUCCCACUCCCACUGCUAUGGUUUUUGAUGUGGUGUUAGAACAAAAGAGUAAACCACUAUGCAGCUGCCUUGUCCAAGCCCCCACCUUCCCUUCUCUACACAGAUGUGAAAUAGUUCCCUCUUUGAACACACAUGCACAUAUCUGCACAUAUAUCUGUAUAUGUGCACACUCAUGUAUGUUUCUAUAUUGUGAUGCCUCCAUGCCAGAACAUGUUUAUUUCUUUCCACAAUACCAGAUUUUACUAAAUAACAUUGGUAGCAGUUUGCCAGGUAGUACCAAUUCCCUUGAUAACUGACUAAGGCAACCCAAUUUAUUUUGUUCCAAUCUUAACUACUAAUAUUGACUCUCAGACCAUACUUUAUAUAUCAUACAGAAAAUAUAUCUAUUUUCUAUAUAUUUAUGCAUCUAUAUGUAUUUAUCUGUUUUUAUCAUCUAGCUACUUAUCAUCCAUUAUCUACCUAUAUAGGUUACAGAAUGUGUUUAAAAGGAAUAAAAAUCUUCAGCAGGCUUUAAGAAAUUACAAAGAAGUCUAGUUGACAAGCACAAACGAAAACAAAUAGGGAUGUCAGAAGAUUCUUCAGGGAGAGGAAGUGUCCAGUAACUAACCAUUGAAAGCCUGUUGGAGAUGCUGCUGUGGCUGCUGUAGGAUCAAGUAGUAGAGACAGACCUCAGAUGCCUGAGUGGAGCAAUCUAAGCAAGGUGCAGGUACAGACCAGGGAGGCAGUAGAGGCCAGAGGUCAAGAGAGAUGAAUGGAUGAACUGAUGACAAUUAGAAUGAACCACAUCAGCACUGAGAAACAAGCCAACAUGACACCCCGGGCACAGUCAGAAAUUAUCUGCUUGUUGGUCCCUUGACUCACACCCAGGGUGGUCAGAUGACAGGUUGGUGAGGCUGCUAUCAUCACAACACAUUAGGUGUUCUCCUUAUGUGGUCCAGGUGAGGAUGUAUUAACUCUUCCUCAGUCUGGUCCUUGGGCCUGGCUUUCCUGGUGUUACUUUAAUAUACUUAUAUGGUCUCAAUUGGCUUUGAUAAAUGUAUUGGGUGGUUCUGCUCUUUCCUUUGGGAAUAAGUAGGGUAGUCUGAUCACAACACAAUAAUUACACCCAAAAAUCAAUAUGGUCUCCAAUGGGACCAUAUUGGGAGCAAACCACAGUUGAGAACCACUAGAUGGUGCUUCGACUUAAUCCUUUUGAACAUCUUGAAGCAAACCAAAAUCAGCAUAGCCUCAGACAAAGUAACCCCGCUUUUCCUUAAAUUUCCCCUCCAUACAAGCCUAUAUCUUGUUAACUCUAGCUUUUCUUGGGAGGUGUUUGGAAUAGUUACAAAAAGAGGCAGAGCUAAACUUCUGCUUUAAGGAGAAAAAGAUCUUCUCAGUUCCUAAAUGUGUACUGCUGUUUUCACUUAACUUUAGUAGAAACAUUUUGCUCACCAAAUAAGCUUCAAGGGGAUUGUCAUAGGUGAGAGAAGGAAGGUCACUACACUGUCUUCAUGGUGAAGCCAAGGUUAGUACUCAUUUCUUCCCUGUCAGUGUCAAUGGCUUCAGAUAAAAUUAGCUUUUCUUUUCUCCACUUCCUAGGCCCUCCCACAUCAUAUCUAGAGGCACACAUGGUAUUCUAAUGCUGGCAGGAAGCUUCAGAUAAAUUAGGUCAACUUCCCUUUUUUCUAAAAGAGGAAACCAAGACUCUCAGAUUCGGUGGUCAUGGGGUGUCACUAAGAAGUCAGAGGCCCUGCUUUACUUCUCCCCAAGAGAAGGGAGAUACUUUCUAAGGCCAAGCCAGACAAGAGGAAGAGUUUGGUCAGCUCUAUUUUAGAUCACAUCUUGCUCAUGCGGCCCCAAAGCCCCCACCUCCCUCACCUCUCUUGUCUGACUGGCCAAGUUCAAGUGAUAGCUCUUUAUCUAAUUCAUGGAAAAGAAGAUGUUAAGAUACUUAUACUGAUUAGAUCUUGUGUAGAGCUGGGCAGAGCUGGGCAGAGCUGGGCAGAGCUGGGCAGAGCUGGGCAGAGCUGGACAGAGCUGGGCUUAGGAUCUAUCCUUUACCAGGCAUGAGUCCUUAUGAGAGAGAAGCCUGAGAAGACCUGGUAUACUGUGAAAAAGACAGAACUAGAGGACAUGCAUGAGUCCUUGCUAAUGAAGAGGAAGACAGUAAAACUGAGUUAAAAGAUGCAUAAAAAUCAGACAGUAGGCAAGGUCGGGGAAGAUAGGCAUAGCAAGAAGAGGGGAUGGGCUGUGAGGGUCAGGGUAGGGUCUUCAUCAGGGUGAUGGAAGCUGUGUUGUUUACUCACAUACAGCUUUUGUUUCUUUUAUUGGCUAUUUUCUUUAUUUACAUUUCAAAUGCUUUCUCCUUUCCAGGUCUCCCCUUCGGAAAUCCCCCAUCCCACCCUUGCCCCCGUUCCCCUGCCACUAUGAGGGUACUUCCUCACCCACACUCCUGCCUUCCCACCCUGGCAUUCCACUACACUGGGGCAUCGAACCCCCUCAGGCCCAAGAGCCGCUCC